UUUAGUUUACUUAUCCCUUCCAUCCCAAGGCUCAACCUUUAGACUAACAACUGUUUAACCAAAAAAGAAUACAUUCUUAUAAUAAGCCGUCACCUAGGAAGCAGGUUCAGUGACUGAGCUUGUCCUCUCUGGGCGAUUAGAGUUUCGGCCCUCGUUGAUCACUCAUCAUGAUCUACGAUACAGGAGCCUCUAUCAAUAACGAGACCUCAACUGAGACACAGACUGGAAGCCACAGCAUCACCGACGCUGACGUGGUUGAGGCGCUACAGAAGGGCAUCCGCGAAGCUACCAGGGAGGAGCUGAUCAAUCACGGAGAGGCGUCGCUGUAUUAUGACUCUCUGACCAUGUCGCCCUUGAACGCAAUGUCCGCUGUGAGUUGAGUUGAGUUGUUCACCUGUGCUCUGCUUGUCAUCCGCAUAUCUCACAUCUUGCUGCUUUUCAAUGCGUCUCUUGAGCGACUCUUCACAUAUAUACUGCCGAUUGCUGACCAACAUCAUAUCUCGCAAGGCCGCUAUUGCUCGUUUCCGUGCAUACAAGCCCCCUCCAUUCCCACUAUGGGAUCGUCUACCCGUUCGGAGGCGGGCAGCAGUCUUAGUACUACUGUAUGCUGACCGUCGCGGCGAUUUACGUGUGGUUAUCACCAUGCGCGCUGCAAGUCUGAGGAACUUUUCUGGCCAUGCUGCCUUUCCCGGGGGCAAGGCAGAUGAUCUUGAAGAGACACCAUUCCAAAUCGCCCGCCGAGAAGCUUGGGAAGAAAUUGGACUUCCCAUGGAUGAUAGCAAACUUCCAAAACCCUUCCGCGUCGAGCAUCUUUGCUAUCUACCCCCUUCCUUAGCUCGGACACACCUCGUCGUGAGACCAUGUGUUGCAUUUCUCCAUGCGGACCAGCGCACAGCAGGAGAACCGGCACCGACUGUUGAGGAAACUAUGAUUCCUAGACUUGAUGCUCGCGAAGUCGCUGCCGUCUUCAGUGCGCCCUUUUACAAUUUCCUCCAUGCGCAGGAUCUCCCUCCCGCCCCGGGUGAGACGCUGCCUGAAGGACAAUGGUACGAUGGCUUCUGGAAUCACUGGAAAGAUCACCCCUGGCGGGUGCACAACUUUUACGUCCCAGUCAACAACCAAAGCAUCUCGAAGCCGCGGCGGGAUAGCGAGCAAAGCCGUUUGGUUGACAAGCUAGAAAAAGAAGAGGAACCAGAUGGGAGAUUCAAGGUCUGGGGAAUGACGGCGCGCAUAUUGGUGGACGCAGCGAGAAUUGCAUAUGCACAGGAGCCUGGAUUUGAGCAUAAUGACAGUUUUGGCGAUGAGGAGAUCAUUGCCCAUGCGGAUAGCUUGGGGGACCUGGGGGACAAACUUCCAGAGAAGCGGACUGAACCUGGCGAUGCGUCAAAGAUGUAGAGAUUCUGAAGGCAUGUGGAUAGAAAUAGAAACAAGAUCUAUGAACGUUAAGUCCGAUACUGCUAAGAGGCUUAGAGAGAGGCAAAGAGUACUGAACAUUGAUACUGGUGGAUUAUGAUGAAAAGUGUCAAGCUUUAGG